CCGGGACCUUGUUCAGCUCGCCAGUGAAAACUGAAGGAGAGCAGAGGAAAGAAAGGCGGACUGAUGACAGCUGUCAGAGUGGACAAAAACACUCCCAUUCUGUGAAGUAAACCCGAAUGGCUCUGCCCAAACGCACCGGCAGAUAGAGGACAGAAACCCUGGGAGAAUAACUGCUUUGCUUAAAGGUGUCGCGAAGGUAUUUCCAGCGUUGCCUUUUCUUUCCAGUUUUACACUUUGGUGAAAUCUCAGCUGCUGCGCUAAAAUGGGGACACAAGGCGCCGGUAGAAAACGAGCUCCUUUAAAAGAUCGGUUCUCAGCAGAGGACGAGGCUCUGAGCAGCAUCGCUCGGGAGGCCGAGGCGAGGCUGGCGGCAAAGAGGGCGGCCCGCGCAGAGGCCAGGGACAUCCGGAUGAGGGAACUGGAACGGCAGCAGAAAGAGCUUUCUUACCACUCCUCCAGCAGCAGCAGAAAAUGGGGUCAGAUCCACCAGUGGAUGGCUGAAACAGAAAAAGCCCGAGCCUCUAGUAGUAGUAGAUCCGGCAACCAUCAUCACCGGGUCCGUAUCCUCCUCCACACAUUUCCUCUUUAUCUCCAUUUACUUCCUGUCUUCCUUCAUCACGUUCUGUUCUCUCUCCCUUUCUGUUUGUCCACUCUGUGUUUCCAUCAACCGGGGCAGGAUGAUGAUCUUUUGUCAGUCCGCAGCUAUAGGUCGACAUCUUCAUCUGUACAUGACCUGGGGUCUAUCAAGAGUCAAUCCAGUUCCCGUAGGAAGGACGCCCUGUCUGACGGCCUUUCCUCCAGCUCCCUGCUGAAGAGUUCCCGCUCCACUAGUUCUGUGUACAAUGACCUACGUGGCCAAAAAAAGGCCUCCUCCUCCAAGAAAGGGCUGCUGACUGGACUGUACCACGAUCAGAGGAACUACAGCAGCCUUACGAAGACCAAACCACCAGCCCUGUCCUCCACCUCCACCUAUCAGCCCCGGGCCUCCACUUCCUCCUCCUCUUCCUCCACCGUUGGUUCGGGUCUGUCUCGCAGCCACAGCAUGGCCUCUAUUUACGAUGACGCUGGUCUUUACGGCUCGGGCUACGGUUCAAGAGCUCCCUCUGAACUCAGCUGGUACUCCUCUGGGGCCAGCUCCACACGCAGCAGCCCUGCGCACUCCUCCUCAGAUGAUGACACUGUCAGCAGUGUUUCCCAGGAACGCUACAGCCGAGGCCGGAGGGACAGCAUGUCGUCUGACUUCUCAGAUAUUAGCGAGUCGGCUGCUGAUUACUUCAGCCGCUCCAACCGAAGGGGCAGCAUUGUGUCUGACCUUGAUGAGUUGAGCAUUCCAGAUCUGGACUCUCUGGAUGAAAAAUGUGACAAGCAGUAUACAGAUUACAGUCGGCCGUCCUCCCGCUGCACCACGCCCGGCCUAUCAGCAGCCUCCCUGGCCUCGCUGGGCGGGACGUCGUCACGGCGAGGGAGCAUAGACACCGGUAGCAUCUACGACCCUGACACGAGUCUGAGUGAACUGCGGGAUAUCUAUGAGCUAAAGGACCAGAUUCAGGAUGUAGAGGGGCGGUACAUGCAGGGGCUUAAAGAGCUGAAGGAGUCGCUCACAGAGGUGGAGGAGAAGUACAAGAAAGCCAUGGUGUCGAACGCACAGCUGGACAACGACAAAGGUAACCUGAUCUACCAGGUGGACACGCUGAAGGACGUCGUGGAGGAGAUGGAGGAGCAGAUGGCCGAGAUGAGGAGGGAGCUGGACGACAAGUCAAAGGAACUAGAAAGACAGAAGCACACGUGUUCAGUCCUGCAGCACAAACAAGAGGAGCUGAAGGAGGGAAUCCGCCAGAGAGACGAGCUCAUAGAGGAGAGCCAGCGAAUGCAGACUAAGUUAGACGACCUCACCAGAGAGGUGUUUGACCUGCAGGAAACCAUAAACUGGAAGGACAAAAAGAUGGCGGCCCUAGAGAGGCAGAAAGAAUACUUUGAUUGCAUUAGGAAUGAGAGGGACGAGCUCAGAGAUGAGCUCGCCGACAUCAAAGGGAAGUCCAGAGGUGCAGAGAAACAUGGCCUGGUGAUAAUCCCAGACGGGACGCCCAACGGAGACGUCAACCACGAACCUCUUCCCUCAGGAAUCACCCUGGUAACCCAGGAGGCCGCCCAGGUGCUAGAGUCUGCAGGCGACGGCCCACUGGAUGUCAGGCUACGGAAGCUGGCGGACGAGAAGGACGAGCUUCUGGCUCAAAUCAGGAAACUGAAGAACCAGCUGGAGGAGGAGAAGCAGAAACACUCCAAGGUGGACGGAGCGUUCCCAGAAGGGGAGAACAUGGAGAACGGUACAGAUCUGCACUUCAUCGAGAUGCAGAGAGACGCCAACAGACAGAUUAGUGAAUACAAGUUCAAGCUUUCAAAGGCCGAACAAGAAAUGGGUACAAUGGAACAAAAUAUCAGCCGACUCGAAGGCCAGGUUGCCAGGUACAAGUCAGCAGCCGAUAACUCAGAGAAAGUAGAAGACGAGCUCAAAGCCGAGAAACGGAAACUCCAAAGAGAACUGCGCACGGCUCUGGAUAAGAUCGAGGAGAUGGAAAUGACCAACAGCCACCUGGUGAAGCGCCUGGAGAAGAUGAAGGCCAACCGGAACGCCCUUCUGUCCCAGCAGUGAGGCCGGCGCCGUGACCUCUGACCUCCCACUGCCACACUGCGCCUGAAGCUCACUCUGCUCUCAGCUGCAACGCCUGGAGACGUGUAGCUAACCAAAACACUUCCAAUCUUGUAGCAGAGGGAAACAAAUCUGAACGUUUUUUGUUGUUCUUUUUGGUAAAGUUGGGAUUUGGUCCGGCUCUUCUGGAGGAACGACUGGGAAACCAAACUGGUAGAACUGGGAAAUGCAGCUGAGGAAAACCUCUGGUCACGUUUCCCCCUCCGGCCGGGUGCUUGGCUCUACUUUCUGACAGGUUGCAUGAACGGGUCUAACGAUGCUUUUAAACUUAAAUCUACUUGCUGCUCCAGGCCUGCAGCUUCCCUUCACGCAGUGAAGUGCCUUUUUCACUUUAGGAGACACGGGGAGGGGGCUGCACCGCUCAGUGAAUGAAAUAAUUGUUUGAACAGGUACGGUAUGAUGUAUUUAAAAUAAUAAAACAACAGGGGUGCAGUCAUGGUGUGAAAGUAUAUAGAAACAACUGUCUGCUGCAGUUUCUUUGAAAUUUUUUCAAAUAUUUAAAGAUUUCUGGAGAAUAAAUGUAUGAUUUACAGA